AUGAAUUUUUUAGCUUUCUUCGUUAUCAUUUCAAUUGCCAUCUUAUUCAUCAUCAUAUUACCUUUAGUCUCAGGUGUUGGUAAUCUAACCAUUUCAAGAACUCCUAAAAACGUCCUCUCUAAUGAUAAGAAUAAAAGACCUGUUAAAUUUAAGAUCAAAACUUCAAAAGAAGAAUCAGAAGAAUCAACAGAAUCAGGAACUUCUGGUUCAUACUCAUCUUCCACCAAGUUUAAAGUAGAUUCUAAAACAGGUCUAAAGAAUAGAGUGCUGGGCGAAUUCGAUAAAAACGGAAUUAAUGAUCCAAAUGUUUAUGAUUUCGAUAUCGAUGACUUGAUUAACGAAGAUAAAGAAGAAGAAGAACAAUUGAUGAAAAGAAAUUUAAACAAAUACAAGGGCAAAGAAGAACAUGAAAUUAAUGAACAUUUAGUUUAA